UUGCUCAGUCUUCAAUAUUCAACCCCAGGUGAUUGUCAGUAGCUACAUUUACAAACAAAUAGUGGCUUAAAUGAGGCCCCAAUCAAUGUAAGUUGAUGUUUAACUGUUUGCUGAGCAAGUGCCAAUCUUUUACUGUCAGGAAUUCUGCCAUCCACAGUCACUUAGUCGCUCCUUUUUUGGACAAGGCAGCAAGUUUUUUCUAAUUUAACCUUAAGGCAUAUUUAGGCAGGGCUCCUUAAAAAGAGGGCGACUAAGUAGUACCAAAGCUUUUGAGACCUGCCGACAAUACAGCAGAGAAACUAUAAACAAAAGUUACAUUCUAAGGACAUGGACCUUCCUCUGACACUCCUGUUGAUCUGUCUCUGCAGCCAAGGAGUCACUAGUGUUGAGGUGGAAGAAAAGGAAUCGAUCCCUUUGGUGCCUCUCAUUCCUUUGAUGCCCAGCCAUCCCAUAGAGAAAGUAAAAAAUGAAAGUACAGCACAACCAGGAAGUGCUAAUACGACAGAAGCACCAAUAACUGCAACAACCAUAACUAGUAGGCCCAAUGUGAGCUCAUCGGAGGAAGAGCAAGAUGAAGUUUGUCCGUCUGCCGCCCAAAGCCUACAGUCCAGGGAAGCAGUCGCUGCAGCCAUUCAGAAACUGGGUGUGCAGCUGCUGCAGAACCUGGAGUCAACGCCAGAGCAGCCAAAUGUCAUCAUAUCUCCUUUCAGCAUAUCAUUAGCACUCUCCCAACUGGCUUUAGGUGCAGUAAAUGAGACAGAGGAGCUGCUGAUGCAUCAUCUCCAUGAAAACACGCUCCCCUGUUACCACGAAUCUCUGCACAAUGUCUUAGAGCAGCUCAGAAACAAUGACCUGCAAAUUGCCACUCGUAUCUUCCUGCGCCAAGGGUUUGAACCAAAGCCAGACUUUGUCCAUGAAUCUCAGCGGUUAUAUGACUCAGAGCCAGCAGUCCUGGAAAGCCUGCAACAGAUAAACGCCUGGGUAGAGAAUGCAACAAACGGAAAGAUGACUGACUUCCUGUCCGCUUUGCCGCCGAAUGUGCUCCUCAUGCUCAUUAAUGCCGUCCACUUCAAGGGAGAGUGGAAAAGUCGAUUUGACCCGCGCUUUACCUCAAGAGGUGUGUUCUACCUUGACGACAAGCACAUGGUUGAUGUUGAAGUGAUGGAAGAUGCCAAACAUCCCUUGAGUUUAUUUUCUGAUAAUGAACUGGAGGCUCAGGUAGCAAGCUUCCCAUUCCAGAAGUCCAUGAACUUGUUGGUAGUCAUGCCCAUGUCCGGCCAGGUGAAUUUGUCUUCACUUUCCGCAAAGCUGAAUAUCUCGGACCUGUAUCGUCGUCUGCCAAAGGAGAGGGCUGUUCAAGUUAAAGUCCCCAAAUUUAAGUUGGAGUAUGGUCAAGAACUGCAGGAUGUUUUUACCAAAUUAGGCCUCGGAGGGAUGUUUUCCAGUCCCAACCUGGCUGAGAUAGCAGACGGCCCCCUGCUGGUCUCCAGUGUGAUGCACAAGUCCACCAUGGAGAUAAAUGAGGAGGGUGCGGAGGCUGCUGCAGCCACCACUGUGGUCAUCUCACGGGCAUCCAACCCUGUAUUCCACCUCAGCCAACCUUUCUUCUUUGCCCUUAUGGAUGAUAAGACUCAAGUGCCGAUUUUCAUGGGGGUCAUUAACAACCCAAAUCCUGGAGCUCCUAUCUUGCAGAGAGGAGGACUUGGAAGCAAAGAUAAAGUGGGAUUCCCAUUUGAUAAGAAUCAGCUUGGCACAUUUGGAGGCCCACCUAAAUAGGGACUAAUACCUGCACUACUGUCCCAUGGAAAACCCAGACCAAGAUCUCUACAAUUGUACAGAUUAAAUGUACAAUAUUUCUUAGCUGGAUCAAAUGUAUGAGUGAGAACAGAUGCUUCAUUUGUGUCUUUAUUUCAAUCAAGAAAGGACACACUGAGGAGCUCAGUAUUCCAUGUAAAAAACAAAUAUUUCUUUAACAAAUUACAGUUUUGCUGUAUUAGAUGAACUGGUCAAGCAACUCUCAAGAUUAUAUUUAGUAACACUAAAUUUUCAAGGUAUGAAAUGUAAGGCCAAUGACACAGCUUUACUUUUGUAUGUAGUUGAAUUUUUCGAGAUUGCACCCAAUGGACUAAUAAACUGAACUGAUUUGAAUCACAA